AUGGAGAGGGCGAGCCCGGCGGCGGGGAAGCUGAACGCCGGCGGCCGCGGGGCGGGCGAUGGGCACGGCCCCGCGGCGGGAGCCCAGCCGCGGGCGGCGGCAGCGGCGGCGGGCAGCGCGGAGCCGGGCGAGCUCAUCGGGCGGGCGCUGGAUUUCAAGAGCGAAGGGGCGCAGUGCUACAAGGACAAGAAAUUCCGGGAGGCCAUCGGCAAGUACCACCGCGCCCUCCUGGAGCUCAAGGCGCUGCUGCUGCUGCUGAGCCAGGAGCCGGCCGGGCAGCGCCCUCCCGCCGCCGCCGCCGCCGCCGGGCUCAGCGAGGAGCAGCGGCAGGCGGUGGAGGCCAUCGAGGUUGACUGCUACAACAGCCUGGCAGCCUGCCUGCUCCAGGCCGAGCUGGUGAAUUACGAGCGAGUCAAGGAGUACUGCCUCAAAGUGCUUCAGAAAGAAGGUGAGAACUUCAAGGCGCUCUAUCGAUCGGGAGUGGCAUUUUACCACCUGGGUGACUUCAACAAGGCCCUCUACUACCUGAAAGAGGCAAGAUCCCGCCAGCCGACAGAUACCAAUGUCAUACGAUAUAUCCAGCUGACAGAGAUGAAGCUCAGCAGGUGUUCCCAGAGAGAGAAAGAAGCCUUGUGAAAAUGAAGCCACUUCAGCUGAAGUGCCCAAGGGGGGACAAUUCCUUCCUAGAAGCUCAUUUGGUGGAUUUUCCUGUUUGCUCUGCCUCAUCCUCAUCUCCUCCUCCAUCCACUCUCCCUUGCUCUUCAUUGAAUCCCAGUUUUGAAAAAAAAGAGACUUAGAUGCUGGAUAUGGCUGCUUGCCAACCGUGGUAAUACCCCUUCCCCGUGGCAGGAGAGCACAACGGCUACAGCCAGCCUUGUUCCAAGACAGUAUCACACACCUGGAGCAGGCAAUGCUGGGGACCUUUCUGGUCCUGAGCUGACUGCCUAUUACCUAUGAGGGAAGCAACCCCCAGAACAACGACUUCCUGACCAGGCAAGUCGGAGACCAGCAGUUUCUGCUCUGAGUGAUCACUGGAGCUUGGAAGAGCUAAGAAACCAAGAGAGCCGCUGGUCAUUUCACAGGGGAUAGCAAAUGCCUUUUUACCAUCAGUUCCCUCUGCCUGCUUCUCCAGUGUGUGUUAUCGGUCUCCAGUGAGAGCUCACAUGCUCCCAGUCUAAUGCCAGUGAAAACUGUUUCUAAACAUCCUUUUAAUGAAAGCACAGAGCACCCUACAAACCCCCCGCAGAGCUGUCCCGGUGCCAGAGGAGAAGGCUGUGGGCUACCACAGAAUGCUGAACGGACUGUGAAAGCAUGGUGUACAGUGUGAGGGAAAAACUGUGAAAUAAUUCAUUAAAGGCAAAUAAAAAUUAUUAAUAGGCAACAAGUCCAGGCAUUGCUUUUCGAAGGGACCUCUUGGGU